CUCCUCCUUCUACCUUUUUCUUCUUCAUUCUCUCUUCUCCCUUCUUCAUCCUAUCCUUCCCCUUUUAGAUGUGUGAGUUCUCCCUUGAGAACCUAGGUCUAGGUUCUCUCUCUAAGAAAGAACCUAAUUUUGGGUUCUCCAAGAAAACCAUUCUCCAUGAGAGCCAUGGCUCGACAAUGGACAUAGUCAAUUGAGGCAAACAACAACAAAGGCUAAGGAUUACAAAGAUUUAAGCCCUUCAGUGUUGAUUGCAAUAACCUAGAUCGGGGUUGUUUCUAUACAAAUUAAGUUUUUUUUUUUUUUCUUUUUUGGUGUGCUUGGUUCCCAUCAAAGGGUGGUUUCUUUUCCAAAGUCAAAGUUGGUGUGCAAAAGGAAGAUAAUGUCAUCGUCAGGGCAAUGAUUGUUGGCCUUGCCAUUGUAGUGUCCCUUCAUAGGUAAAUCCCUAAAAAAAUAGGAAACUUUUAGUGCCCUAAUUCACAAAUUACUUCAAUUAGUUACUUGAUUUUGUUAUCACUAAGCUUGGGAUUCAAUUAGUGGUGCUUGAGAAAGUGGAGUCGCUUUGAACUGGUGGAACAAACUGAAACCCAGAUCUCAUCCACGAUGUUAGGAAGUAUUCCAAGUCCAAGAUGUACCAUAAUUUUUUCAUGAUUUAGAAAAUUUUAACCUAGGUUUUGAUCUUCAUUGUUUAGAUUUAUUGUUUCUUAUGAUUUGAUAUUUUGCUAUUAAAAUUGGAUGUGAAAUUGUAUAUUUUGUUUGCGUUGGUGUAAUUUGGAUAUUAAAUUAGAAAAAGUCUUCAAAAAUUUGGGUUUCAAGUAUGAGUUUUAAGUUUCUAACACAUAUGGGAUCUCUAGUGUAGCAUUGGUGUCAUUCUACAUGCAUAGGCAAGCGAGCAAGAAUUGGACGGUGAGCUAUCACCACUGUACAAGUCAAGAAGUUCUCAAGUUUGGGUUUCAAACAUGAUUUUUUUCUUCAACAGUGUAGAAACCUUUGUAUGAGAAAAACAAUUCUACCAGUUUAAGGGAAUGAGGAGAGAUAAGGAAUAUAUAUUUUUUUAAUAU